UAUCGUUUCAUGUUUUCUAAAUUUUUGUUAAUUAUACUAAUGUUUGCAAAAAAAUGUUUUUCAAACGAUGUAGUUUCCAACGUAUCAAAUGACAUGAUCCACUUGGCAGAACAAAUAGAGUCGGGGACAUGGGUUCCUCGGGUUGUGAAUGGCUAUCCAGCUAAGUUAGGCGAUGUUCCGUAUCAAAUAGCUAUGAAAAUUCUAGUGAGUCGUGCAAAAAGCUUAUACAUGACGUUUUGUGGUGCAACUUUAGUGGCUCCAAAUAAAAUGAUAACAGCUGCUCACUGCUUUGAGGAAGAAGGAAGGAGUAACUGUCAAAAGCUUUUCUACCCAGGACAAGCCAGUUCUCAGUUACUGAAAAAUAGAUAUGCGGUUGCUGGAAACCUAUAUAACCUUGCAAAAUAUUCUUCGUCUGACACUGACGGUCAGUGGCGUGCAUUGAAACGAGUGGUUUAUCCGAAAAAAUAUAUCUUUCCAAGACAUGACAUAGCAGUUGCUUACACAAAACAUCCUUUUAAUUAUAAUAAUAACAUUGGUCCAAUACCGUAUGCUAAACGACAUACUGAUUAUAGAGGCAAGUGUUUGGUCUCCGGAUAUGGAAGAACAGGACAAGGAAAAAAGGAUUUAACUGAAAUACUUCUAUUGGCGAAUUUGGACCUCAUGCCUAAUGAAUUAUGCGGUAAGGUGCAUCGCAGACGUAUGGAUCUAUUUGUAUGCACCUUUUCUUCGGUUACUGACGUCGGAAAGGGUGAUUCUGGCGGUCCUCUUGUAUGUAAAAAUACAGGUGAUCCAAAUGAAAAAGACAAAGGAGUGUUAGUUGGUGUUGUCAGCGGCCACGCCAAAGGUCGAGGAUCAUUCUUUACUAGAGUAUCCAAAUACUAUGGUUUUGUAACCAAUGAUUCUAUAUCAGUUUGCGCCUUGUCAUAUCAUCUGAAUGUAUUUAUUACUAUAGCAAUAGCA